AUCCAUUUUCAGUACAGUAAUGUUAAUAUAUAAAUUUAUGCUAUGUGGCAGCACUGGCUUUCGAUAUAUUUCGAGACGGCACUUUAUCCGCAAGUCAUUUCAGCGUCAAGUCAUCCGGCAUUUGUUUGCGAUUUUGUUAAGGAAAUUGAAGAAAACCCACCAUGUUUCUCACCCGAUCCGAGUACGACAGAGGCGUGAACACCUUCUCGCCGGAGGGCCGCCUCUUCCAAGUGGAAUACGCCAUUGAGGCCAUCAAAUUGGGCUCCACAGCGAUUGGAAUUUGCACGCCAGAGGGUGUGGUUUUGGCCGUGGAGAAGCGCAUCACAUCGCCGCUAAUGGUGUCCAGUACGGUGGAGAAGAUUGUGGAGGUGGACAAGCAUAUUGGUUGCGCCACCUCCGGCUUGAUGGCCGAUGCCAGGACUCUGAUCGAAAGGGCGCGCGUGGAAUGCCAGAACCAUUGGUUCGUCUACAACGAGCGCAUGUCCAUCGAGUCCUGUGCCCAGGCCGUGUCCACCUUGGCCAUUCAGUUCGGAGAUAGUGGCGACAGCGAUGGUGCCGCCGCCAUGAGUCGCCCCUUUGGCGUUGCCAUCCUUUUUGCCGGCAUCGAAGCUGGAAAACCGCAACUGUGGCACAUGGAUCCCUCCGGCACAUUCGUGCGCCACGGAGCCAAGGCCAUUGGCUCGGGCAGCGAAGGUGCUCAGCAGAAUCUACAGGACAACUUUACCAACCAGAUGACCCUCAAAGACGCCAUCGAACUCUCGCUUACCACACUGAAACAGGUCAUGGAGGAGAAGCUCAACUCCACCAAUGUGGAGGUGAUGACCAUGACCAAGGAAAAGGAAUUCUACAUGUUUACCAAGCAGGAGGUGGAUCAGUACAUUACUAGCAUUGCGUAAGCGUCAGUGGUUUUUAAUUGGUCUAACUUCAAAUGUAAUGUGAAUAAAGGGAUUCUAAAUCGAUCUACUAGAAGGUAA